CCCUAUAAAUUUGAGGGAUAUCCCUCAAGUAAUACACACACCAUAGGAAGUAUCAGUGAUUCUUCAGCUUCUAUCUCCCAAGGGCUAGGAAGUUUUCAGCAUCUGCAUAACCCAAAAGUAUUUGUAAGCCUGCAAUGGCUUCACAUGGUGUUCCUGCAAGAAAGCUCCUCUUUGCAUGCCUUCUGAUGGCACUUGUUUCUCAGAGGUACAUAGAAGUUGCUCGGGCUGCAAAUUCAGAGGCACACCGCAGGCUUCUCCAGACCCUUGACUGCAAGGCGGCUUGCACAGAUAGAUGUAAAGCAGCAUCUCUGAAUGACCGUUGUCUGAGAGCUUGUGGUACAUGCUGUGCCAGAUGCAACUGUGUUCCUCCAGGGACAUAUGGGAACAAAGAGCUCUGCCCCUGCUAUGCCAACAUGACAACCCAUGGCAACAGGACCAAAUGCCCUUAGACCGCCAUAACCUAAUACCAUACCUAUAUGAAAGUCUUGUCUACUACUCGCUUGGAGGGAAAGCAUAUCAUGCCUAGGUUGUAUAAACAUAUGUGCUUUUUCUGUGAAAUGAUCGACUGAAUGUUGUUUAUGUGGUACAAACGUAAGGGUUCUUUCUAUUUAAGGGUACUUGAAUGUUUUUUGAUGCAAAUGUGUACUUUGUCCAGUUAGAGAUUAUUGUUCCAGGUAGGAUGUAAUAAGCAGGAAGUAGAUGUUGCUCUGUUUAGUCUGAAGUAUAGAGACUAUUGUUCUAAGUAGAAUGUAAUAAGCAGGAAGUAGCUUCUCUUGUCAAAGUCAGGCUGGCUUCUUUCUCAACAUGGGCGUUGAGUCAUUUACAAAGCCUGAGAUCCUGCACUCUUAGAGAGAGGGAUUUUCUAGUCAGUCCCCUGCUAUUACGUUGAUCUGUUCCUCUGAUACUCUGAAUGCAUAUGUAUUUAUUUGCAACAUAAAUAUUAUUAAUGGUAGAAUACCUACUCUGUUUUAUAA